AUGAUUCAACCUCCAUUUGAUCAGUUUGCUACUCUCACAGCACCCGCCACCACAUCCUCAGUGGCACCUAUUCCUACAGUCAUUCCGGGAUCCGAGGUAUACCAGGAACUUCAUGAUGUGGGAAAACGGACUCUAUGGGUUGUCACUGUGUUGAUGGGCAUCUCCUCGCUGGUAUUCUAUGCUCUGGCCGCUCGUGCUCCUCUGUCUAAACGAAUCUUCCACAUUCUAACCUCCCUCAUCACCACCAUCUCCUUCAUAAUCUACCUAGCCCUUGCAACCGGCCAAGGCAUAACAACCAAACACGUCAGAGUCCACGAAUCCCACAAGCAUGUCCCAGACACCCACACAGACUACAUCCGCCAGGUCCUAUGGCUGCGCUAUGUAAACUGGGCAUUAACAACACCCCUACUCUUCAUCAACUUCGCCCUUCUGUCCGCCCUACCGGGUGCAAACCUCCUCAUCGCCAUUGUCGCCCACCUGACAAUGCUAGCAACAGCUCUAUUGGGCAUAUUCGCAGGCCACGGCCGCGAGCGCUGGGUUUGGCUAAUCCUGACAUGUAUUUCCUACCUGGUCGUGAUCCACCAUGUAGGCUUCCAUGCACAGAAAGCAGCAAGGAGCAAGGAUGCUCAGACACGACGGUUCUUCGGGUCUAUUUCCGGGUCGGCCAUUGCAAUGCUAGCGCUGUUCCCUAUUUCUCUUGCGGCUGGUGCUCUUGCGCUUAGAUUGAGCGUUGAUGCUGAGACUAUCCUCUUCGCUAUACAAGAUAUCUUUACGCAGGGCAUCCUUGGGUAUUGGCUUCUGUUGGCUCAUGAGAGCGCCUCUGGAAUUGAGCUCUAUAUGGAAGGAUUCUGGUCUCGUGGUAUCGGCAAUGAGGGAGCUAUUCGGAUCUCCGACGAAGAGGGUGCGUAA